GUCUUAGCACGCUAGCUCGCGCUGCCGGCGCCAACUCAAAAAGUCGCGCCACACACACCACCUCACAAGUGAGUGGCCGCAAGCCGCACGCCAUCGCUGCGCAUUUCACAUCUCACAGCCAUCGCCAAGGUCUUACAGCAAACGCGCGACGACAAACGCAAAACCCCCAGCGCGCCAAGCAGCACAAAGCAUGCCUAAGCCGGCAAAGAAGGCCAAGACCACCAAAAAAGACGUCGCGCUGCUGGAAGAUACACUAAGAGAAGCGCCCUUCGUCCCCGACGAGGGCCCCGGCGACUCCUUACUCGCGCUGCCCGGCGGCACGCGGAGCCGCGGCGUGUCCCCCGGCGCCUUCGCCGCGAUCAAGGCGGCCCUCGAGCAGUGCGCCGAGGAGGUCGGCGCCGACUUCGGGCCCGAGGAGCGCCAGUGGAUCAAUCGGAUUCGAGACGGCGCUCUUAGAAGGCUCGAGCCGGACGUCGCCGCCGCUAGGCGAGAAGCGAAGCGCAGGCUGCUCGCCGAGCUCGCGCAGGAGGCCGCCGAGGAGCGGGCGAAACUCGCGGAGCUGCGUUUGCAAACGGCUCGAGCGCGCGACGAGGUCGCCGCAUGCCGCGCGGUCGCCGCCGCGCGCAUCAUGGCGGGCGCCGACAUUCCAUCAACACCGGCCGUGCCGCCGGUGACGCCCGAGGAGAAGCAGACCUUCGAUCGCGACUGCGACGCCGUCGAGAAGGCGUACGACGACUGCGCGGCGGGCGUGCCGCGGAUCCGCGACCUGAUCGCGUCCAGCGAAGAGGAGCUCGCGCGGCGGCGGCGCGGCGAGGCGCCGCUGCCGCCGCCGCCUCAACUCAAGCCGCCGGCGGAGCGCCUCGCGGACCACCUGAGCCGCGAGGAGACGCUCGCGGACUUCGUCGCCGACGGGGAGGACUGACCAUCUAAGGUCGCGUGUGUUGCA